AUGGCCGCUGGUUGCGAGAACUUUUGUUCAUCGUAUCUCGUCAAUGCGAUCCUCGCCGCAGCAUGCCAUGCAUACACCAAAGCCGCGCACCGCACAGAGUUUUGGAACCCGCAAGCGCUGCAGUAUCAGUUCUUUGCUGAGGCCAGAAGGAUUCGAGAACUCGAGGCUCGUGAAGAUUCGUUGACAACUAUCCAGGGUCUUCUUGUCUCAACCAACACCUAUAACAUGAACAGCAUGGACGAGAUUGGGUUCUCAUACAUUGUUCAGGCUAUUUCGAUGGGAAACCGGAUGAAAAUAUUUAAUACCUACCCAAGUACCAUGGAUGAUAACAGCAAGGUUUCUCGAGGACUGACAGCUUGGGGAGCCUUUCACUUCCAGGCGUAA